CCUCUGAAUGUGAGUGUGUUACUACACACACACUUGGUGUCCUGUUUUGUAAAAGUACACCUUUUCUUUUUUGUGGCUUUAAGAUCAAAAGAUGUGUUUGAUUUAUUUUUUUGGAGCACUGAUAGUCAUCACAAAUGGAGUCUUUAGCCAAGGCAUGACAACUUUACCGCCAAAACAAAAUGCUGUUCGGGACCUGUUUGUAGCCGUGGGUUCACCUGUGAAGAUACUGUGCACUGACGGAGAAGAAAUAAGGGUGGAGUGGAGACUUAACAGUUCAGUGCUUUACUCAAGCCCUAUUCUCUACAUACAGAACACCAGUCUGAAGGACCAAGGCAUCUACACCUGCCACCAACAGAAUGGAGACCUGAUACAAACACUAUCUCUACAUCUGGGCUAUCCCCCUUCUCCUCCAGAUGUGUAUUGUUGGUCUCCAAGUUACCCUAAAAGAGCAAUUUGCUCUUGGACACUGAAUCCUGACCCUAUACUUCCCACACAUUACAUUGCUACAUACAGGAGCUAUUCAGACCCACUCUCAAGUGCUCAACAAUGCCAGAAAUGGGAAGAACAAGACAGUCAGUGUGUGCUAGAAGAGCUGGAGAUGUUUGAAAGAGAACCAACUCUUAUCAACAUUACAGCUAUUAAUGCUUUGGGAAGCGCAACACGUAUAUGGCCAUUUAUUUUCGAGGAUAUAGUGAAACCUGAUCCUCCAGUGAAUGUGACUGUGAUGGUAAUGCCAGGAAGAAAGUUGUCUGUGCAGUGGGGUCCACCACCCACUUGGCUGGAUCCUGUUAACUUUCCUCUUAAAUACACAGUGAAAUUCUACUGGGGCAAACCUGACACAGCUAGAACAGUGAGUUUCAUAUCUCGGCCCUUAUGAGUCUAACAAAAUGGUUUUGAGUGGGCUGGUGGCAGGAAGGACCUAUUACAUCCAAAUAUCUGCAAAGGACUUCCUCGAUGGUGGACAGAGCAGUAACUGGAGUGCUCUUAUAAGUGCCACUAUACCCGUCAACUGAUGUGAUGAAUCAUUUCCAGGGCUUUCAAUCAGUUAAAGGGAUAGUUCACCCCAAAAUGAAAAUGCUCUCAUGAUUUACGCACCCUCCUGGAAUCCCAGAUGUGUAUGACUUUCUUUCUUCUACAGAACACAGAUGAAGAUUUUUAAAAGAUUAUCUCAGCUCUGUAGGUCCUUUCACUGCAAGAGAAUGGGUGCCAACAUUUUGAAGCUCCAAAAUGCACAUAAAGGGAUCAUAAAAGUAAUCUAUAUGACUCCAGUGGUUAAAUCCAUGUCUUCAGAAGUGAUAUGAUAGGUGUGGGUGAGAAACAGAUCAAUAUUUAAGUAACUGUUUAUCAUAAAUGCUCCUCCCUGCCCAACAGGGGGAGAUAUGCAUGAGGAAUGUGAAUCACCAGAAGAACAGAAGAAGGAGAAUGUAAAAGUGAAAGUGGAGAUUGACUGAGCAGGGAGUAGAAUUUAUGGUUAAAAAAAAAAAGAAAAAAAGGACAAAUAUUUAUCUGUUUGUUGUUGCCCUUAUGUGCAUUUUGGAGCUUCAAAAUGUUGGCACCCAUUCACUUGCAUUGUAUGGACCUACAGAGCUGAGAAAAUCUUCACUUGUGUUCAGCAGACGAAUGAAAGUCAUACACAGUUUUCAUUUUUUGGUGAACUAUUUCUUUAAAACAUUUCAUUGAAAUAAUUACAUUAUAUUUUGAUUUUUUAAUCAAAUUAAUCGUGUAUGUCAAUAUUUGCUGAGAAAAGCACCCAAAUGAAAAUAAUUCAAAGACUGUAACCUACAUUAUUGUGUCAGACAAGUAAAUAACUGAAAAGACAAUACAAAAA